AUGAUUACUCAGAUGGCCACAGGAUUCAAUCCCACAACCGUCUGGGCACUGACAUAGAUCUCAGUCCUGCUUUCUAUGUGAGACACAGCCUUUGGGGUCAGAGCCCAGGGUCGGCUAGCAUGCAGCACUCCUGGGGCAGCUGGGAUUAAGGCUCAAAGGUUCAGCUUUUAUAUGAUUACUCAGCUGGUCACAGGAUUCAGUCCCACAACUUUCUGGACACUAGCACUAAUCAUGGUCCUGUCAUCUGCCCCCCCACUUCUCCUCACAGCUGCAGACCCUUUGCUGGACAGGCGAUUGGGUCAGAGACAGAUAAUGUAACCCCUACAAAACAGCUCAUUUCAGCCAGUUGUUAAGUUUUUGUAACAUACUAAAAUAAACUGUAUCUCAUAGCAAAGUAAAACAUUUGAUUUCCUUCAAGUAUAAGAAGAGCAGCUCUAUAAAGCAAGACAAAAUAAAGUACAAAAAGAAAGCAGUACAAAGUAAAGUAUAAAUUUGAAAUAUAACUUUAAAAAGUAUUUUAACUUUUUAACCCGAUGGUGUUUGUUGCUGCUCCGCCCCUUACCUGCAGAAUAAGGAAAUCGCUGCACCUUAACAGUGGUGAUUCUCUCUACAACGUCAGUCUCACCUACAUACUGUACGUCUGCUUCCCCAGCUGGUUACCAUUCAAGAGAGAUUGCUGGACGUGUCUAACCAGCCUGAGCACAGAAUCCCAGCACGUAAGAGGACAGACGAGUCAGACUGUGAUACACGGGAAUCGGUUUCUGUACAACCAUAAUCAUCUAAGCGAUGGCUCACCAUUCCCAUGGAGAGAUCCAGACCUCGCUCCCAGACGUCUUGUUGCAGUCUCUGGAGGAGCUCAUUGAUGAUGAGCUGAAGAAGUUUAAAUUUAACCUGAAUCACCUGAGGUAUAAAGAGUAUCAGCCCAUUCCAAGGGGUCAGCUGGAGAACCUGAACAGAACAGACCUCGCCGAGACAAUGAUAAGUUCCUACGGUGAAGUCGGUGCUGUCGAAGUCAUGCUUGAACUGCAGAAGAAGAUGAACCCAAAUGAAGACCUGCAGAAGGAGAAACUCAUAGACAAAAUCAAAUGUGACCUGAAGAAGAAAUUUGAAAGUGUAUAUGAAGGGAAAACUAAGAAAGGAAAGUCAACACUUCUCAGUGAGAUUUACACAGAACUCUACAUAACUGAAGGUGGGACUGGAGGAGUGAAUGAUGAACAUGAAGUGAGACAGAUUGAAACAGCAUCCAAGGAAAGGCAAAUAGAAGAUACUACAGUCAAGUGCAAUGAUAUAUUUAAACCCUUAUGUGGGAAUGAGACACCUGUCAGAACUGUACUCACUAAAGGGGUGGCAGGUAUCGGGAAAACAAUCUCUGUGCAGAAAUUUAUUCUCGACUGGGCAGAAGGAAGAGCAAACCAGCAUGUUCACUUCAUAUUUGCUCUUCCUUUCCGAGACCUGAAUUUGAUUAAGUGUGAAUACAGUCUGAUUGAACUGCUUUACCGCUUUGUCCCAGAACUGAAAUCAUUUGAAUCCACUGAGUUAUUUGGGUACAAAGUCUUGUUCAUCUUUGAUGGUCUGGAUGAGUGUCGCCUUCCUCUAGAUUUUGAGAACAAUGAGAGCUGGUUUGAUGUAACAACGAAAAUGUCACUGGAUGUGCUGUUGACUAACCUCAUUAUGGGGAAUCUGCUUCCAUCCGCUCUCCUCUGGAUAACCUCCCGGCCAGCAGCAGCCAAGCAGAUACCUUCUGACUGCAUCCACCGAGUGACAGAGAUACAAGGGUUCAGUGAUGCCCAGAAGGAGGAGUAUUUCAGGAGGAGAUUCAGUGAUGAGAGCCUGGCCAGCAGGAUUAUCACACAUGUGAAAUCAUCAAGGAGCCUCUUCAUCAUGUGCCACAUACCUGUGUUCUGCUGGAUUUCAGCCACUGUCCUUAAGACGCUUUUUACUGAGAAUGACAGGGGAGAAAUCCCAAGGACUCUGACUGAAAUGUACACACACUUCCUGAUCUUUCAGGCGAGUUUUAAGAAAGACAAGUAUAAAACCAAGCUAAAUGAAAACAACAAGGAAUUCCUUUUAAAACUUGGUAAACUGGCUUUUGACAACCUUGAGAAAGGCCAUCUGAUAUUUUAUGAGGAAGAUCUGACAGAGAAUGGCAUUGAUGUCACUGAAGCUGCAGUUCACUGUGGAGUGUGCACAGAAGUCUUUAAAGAGGAAUAUGGGUUGUAUGAGGAGAAGGUGUACUGCUUUGUGCAUCUGAGCAUCCAGGAGUAUCUCGCUGCUUUAUAUGUGUUUCUGUCAAACUCAUCAGCUGACCUGCUGAAGACUGCAGUGGAUCAGGCAUUAAAGAGCAAGAAUGGACACUUGGACCUCUACCUCCGCUUCCUCCUGGGCCUCUCAACAGACUCCAGUAAGACUCUGUUACAAAGGCUACUGGGAAAAACAAAAACCAGCUCACAUAACAUUAAGGAAACAGCCCAAUAUAUCAAGGAGAAAAUACAGGAGAAUUUAUCUCCAGAAAGGACCAUCAACCUAUUCCACUGUCUGAAUGAACUGGGUGACAAUUCUCUAGUAAAUGAUGUAGAAAGAUACCUGAAUUCAGGAAGCCUUUCAGCAGAAGACCUCUCACCUGCACAGUACUCAGCUCUGGCCUUUGUGAUGCUGAUGUCAGAUGAGGAGCUGGAUGUGUUUGAUAUGAAGAAAUACAUCAGACGAGAUAAAGAGCACAGGAGGCUGCUGCCUGUGGUCAAGAACUCCAGGACGGCUCUGCUGAACAGCUGUGAUCUCAUAGAUGAACACUGUGAAGUGUUGACUUCAGCUCUAAGAUUAAACCCCUCACCCCUGAGAGAGCUGGACCUGAGCAACAAUGACCUGCAGGAUUCAGGAGUGAAGCUGCUCUCUGCUGGACUGGGGGAUUCACACUGUAAAUUGGAGAUACUGAGGCUGUCAGUUUGCAGAGUCGCAGAAGAAGGCUGUUCUUCCCUGGCUUCAGCUCUGACGUUAAACCCCUCACACCUGAGAGAGCUGGACCUGAGCUACAAUCACCCAGGAGACUCAGGAGUGAAGCUGCUCUCUGCUGUACUGGAGGAUCCCAGCUGUAAACUGGAGAAGCUGCAGGUGGACCGGUGUGAACUCACCGAGAAAUGCUGUGAGGUGCUGGCUUCAGCUCUCAGAUCAAACUCCUCACCCCUGAGAGAGCUGGACCUGAGCAACAAUGACCUGCAGGAUUCAGGAGUGAAGCUGCUCUCUGCUGGACUGGGGGAUUCACACUGUAAACUGGAGAUACUGAGGCUGUCAGGCUGUAGAGUCACAGAAGAAGGCUGUUCUUCCCUGGCUUCAGCUCUGAGGUCAAACCCCUCACACCUGAGAGAGCUGGACCUGAGCUACAAUCACCCAGGAGACUCAGGAGUGAAGCUGCUCUCUGCUGUACUGGAGGAUCCCAGCUGUAAACUAGAGAAGCUGAAUGUGGACUACAGUGGAGAGUGGAGGACCAGACCAGGCUUUCAGAAAUACUCCUGCCAGCUGACACUGGACCCCAACACAGCAAACAGAUACCUGUCUCUGUCAUGGGGGAACAGGAAGGUGACACGGGGGAAAAGGGAGCAGCCAUAUCCUAAUCAUCCAGAGAGAUUUGACUUCUACCCCCAAGUUCUGUGCAGAGAGAGUCUGACUGGCCGCUGUUACUGGGAGGCUGAGUGGGAUGGAGUUACAGCCUGUAUAGCAGUGACUUAUAGAGGGAUCAAGAGGAAAGGAGGGAGUGAUGACUGUGUGCUUGGAUGCAAUGACAAGUCAUGGUGUCUGUACUGUUAUCCUGACAGAUACUCUCUCCGGCACAAUAAUAAAUGGACUCACAUACCCAUAAAGCCCUCACGCUCCUGCAGACUAGGAGUGUAUCUGGACUGGGGGGCUGGUGCUCUGUCCUUCUACAGAGUCUCCUCUGAUGGACUGACCCCCCUGUACAGACUCACCUCCUCAUUCACUGAGUCCCUCUAUCCAGGGUUUUCGGUUCAUAUAAACUCCUCAGUGUUACUGUGACGUGUUGCUGGUUCUCCUUGCAAAAAGGUCAAAUCUCUGCUUUUUAACCUUUAUAAUCCUUUUUACUCUCAAAUGUAUGUUUGACAAAAGUAAGUUUUUCUCUCUGACUAAAAUAUAAUUAAAUGUAAUCCUGAUGUGGGGUGGGGGGGGGGGGGCUUUCCCCCUCCCCUGUAUAUGUACUUUUUAUAUAUUUACGCCUAUUUACUGUAUUUCCUCCCUGUACAAUGACAAUAAAGACUUUCUGUUCUGUCCUA